AUGUUCAAGGGCAAACCUAGAGAGGAACAGCAGCAGACGGCCUCUAUGCAAACGAUUGAAGAGUUCGUUUCGGUACAAAGCUUCGAGGCUUUCUUGCAAUGGCCAUGGCUUCGCAAGAACAAAUUUGAUAUGGAUGAGCCCGAACGUCAGAUUGCAGCUAUCGUAGAGCUGGCGCGGUUUGCAGACAUGUGCAAUGCAACAGAAAUGCAAUCUGAAAUCGCUGGGUACUUGAAGGCAAUCUUGAUCGAGAACCCGAAUGCUAAAUUCAGAGAUGCCCGAACCUUAUAA